UACUGGUUUGGUCAAUCUUUCGUAAUAGCAUACAGAUAAAAGUCUCUCGAAAUCACCCAAAUUCGUAAAAUUUCGACGAAAUUUCGGUGAAAUUUUGAACCUUGGUCUGAAUCUGAACUUUGGAGUUGGGCUUGUCAAGGUGCCGGCAGCUCUCAUCCUCCUGUGCCCGUCGAAGCAUGAACCAUGAAGCCGCCGUCGCUGACGCAAAGAUAGACCUGCUUGCCUGCUCUAGUACCGAGGGAGGCCGCGAGUAGCAGCAGCAGCUGCCGGCCGGCGGCCAUCUUCACGGGUACUGUAGCGGCGGCGAGUGCCUGGAGCACUAGGUUCAUUUGCGGAGGAUGAGGUGAUGGAGGAGAGAACUUGCACGGGCACCUGCUUGCCUGCUCCAGCGCCGGGGGAGGUCGCGAGCAUCAACAGCUGGGCGACGGCCAUCACGGGCGCGGCGGCGGCGGUGAUAUAUGGGCCGCAUCGCAUCGAUGCUAUGCUAUGCCAACGCAAGAAUUGGGACGAGCUUCCGUGUUUAUUUCGGAUCGGAAUCGGAUGCCCAACGGACGUCAUCGGGGCCGGGGUAGGUUCGUUCCUCUGCUGUGGUCUGUGGAUCAUAUAAUAUAGAGAACCCUAGCAGAGCACAGAGCGUUCCCCGACCCGACCGCUCACUCGCGACCGCACAGACACAAAACCCUACAUCGAUCUCGACAUCUCGCAGUCUGGUGGCAGCGACAAGCUACUCUCGCGGCCGUUCGGUGCCAUCACGGUUGACGGCGGCUCGGGCCUGCGGGGUGGUCGGGGAAAUUGCGCAUCUGACGACGACUAGCUACUGAUUCAUCGAGGGGAAAUUGCGCGAUGACUGCAAAGACCACGAGGAACAAGGGGGGGACUGACUACACAAGAGGUGUGAGUAGGGAGCAGAGAGCCAUAAACAGAAGGAACAGACUUGAAUCAUCACUGCUUUCAAGUCAGAGUUAUCUCCCUAGUGAUCAUGCGGCUUAUAAGGCGUAUCAUAAUUUUGAGGACAAUCUAUCUGCUAUUGCAGUGCAACGAUUCGGCGAACCUUUCCGUGAAGGUUCAAUCGUUGCUUUUGAGGAGAAGUCAUUUGGUGGAAUAAUCAAACCUGGUCAAUUAACUUAUCCAGUCAGUACUGAUUAUGCUGAGGACGUGUCUUCCUGGGUCGUCGCGAUCGCUUUGUUUGAUGGAGAUAAGAUGUUAUUUGCGUGCUCGGGCAUACCUAUACCUCACGGAAGAACUAGACAAAGACUAACAAGAUUUGUGACAUCAGCACAUUUGGUUACACAAUUCAACCAGAAUAGAAAUAAAGAUGAUAAGUUGAGGGUUGCAGUGCGCCUUCCGGAUAAUACAGCUACCGAUGGGUUCUUAGGACUAUAUGAUAAAGACAUUGCUGUCGUCACAUGCUUGGACUUCCUAGAAGUCUGUCCUAUAGAUCUGGAUCAUAAGGCAAAACCUUUCCCUGGUGGUUGUUUGAAAGCUGCUGGGCGUGCCUUCAACUCUGGCAGUUUGAUGGCCAUGCGUGGAUCUCUGUAUCAGAAACGCCCCCUCGAACCCCGCAACACCUGGGUUUCAGAUAGUCAAGAUAUCUCUAAGGCUGUACUUGGAGGGCCACUUCUGGGGUGGGAUAAUAAUAUUGUCGGGAUGAGCUUAGAUAUUUAUGACUCUGGUGAUGCAAAUUUGAGAUACACCUUCCUACCAAUGGACAUACUUUGCAAAUGCUUGAAGCAUUUUCAGAUACUCAAUCCUAAAAAAGACUUCCGUGGAUAUGCGUUGCCUAGAGAUGUAUUAAGUGUAGUUCCUUCAGGGUUUAUGCAAACUAUUUGCAGGUUAAAGUCCCAUGGCUAUCCCAUUCCACCACCACUUGUGCUUGAAUUCAAUGGGCGAUUGCUUAAUCAUUUUGAAGAAUGCUUUGGUGAAUUACUUCCUUGGAAAGGGUUUCCCUAUGGUGAUCCACCCGGUGGCUCUGAGAAGUGUGUCUGGAAUCAACUUCCAAAAGAAGUUGUGACAGAUGUAUCCCGUCGUGUUGUCUCACUUGCUUCUUUCAAUGGUUAUGUGAGAUCUUUUGCAUGCACAAGCUUGCUUAUAAAGCUUGGAAGCAAUGCUAAGCAGACUGUCAUCCUGACUUCAGCCAGUUUGGUUAGAGAUUGUUGUAAUGAGGAUAUCAUUGAUGAUAGCUUGACGAUUGAGGUGUUUCUCCCACCGAAUCAACGUGCUGGUGGGACAUUGGAAUUUUAUAAUUUAGACUAUAACAUUGCUAUUGUCAGUCUCAAGAAGAAUUUCAAUGCUAUUUGUCCGGAUGACAUCUUCACAGAAAGUGCAAAAAAUUCGUCUAAAAAGGUUAUAGCUAUAGGGCGUGAUGCUAAAUUUGGUAUAUUAAUGGCCGCAAGUGGUGAAAUGAAGUGUGGAAACAGGGGUUGCAAACUUGAUUGCAAAGAUGUUCAGUUGUCUACUUGUAAAAUCAAGAAGGCUGGGAUUGGAGGCCCGCUUAUUAAUCUUAAUGGGAGUUUUGUUGGCAUGAACUUCUAUGAUGGAAGCGGUGUAACUCCUUUCUUACCAAGGCACAAGAUUGUUAAAGUUCUAAGUCAAGUGAACUCUUUACCAUCAGAAUGUGGAUAUAACCAUCCUAUGCCUAUCAAUGUUAUUGGUGGGACAAAAAAGGGAAAUCAGAAAAACAACAGGUGGCCGGUGCCCAAGCCAUAUUGGUAUCAUAGCGAACUUCAGGCGAAUGUUCAUGCUCUAGGCAAGCAUAUUGGGCGGCGUCUUAAUUAGACAUCACACUGCUGGAGUAUCUAAUUGACCUUGUUCUGCUCAUCUAGCUAGUAUCUAAAAAACUUUGGUGUUGUUGCCGUGCUGCUUCUGUUUAUCUAGCUUACUAGUAUUUGACAGAUCUGUCUAGGAUAUAUGCAAGUUAGACUUGUGUUAUUAAUGGGUUAUUUAUGUGACUUCGACUCUUGUAACUUACAAGUUGGUUCAAAGGCUCUCAUGGACCUUGUUUUGCUCAUCUAAGAGACCAUAGUUUGGUGC